GCUGAAUCCCGCCAUCUCCCGCGCUCUGGGGUAAUCAUACAUCGAGGCUGGUUAUGCCCUCUCCCUACAACAUGACCUACGAGUGAAGCUAUAGAAUAUACGCAUAUGCGGUGCUAGCGUUUCCAGGCUGUCAAUCGAAUGGCAGAUACGGGCGGCACUUUGCCGGGGGAUAUAGCUCGUCGAUCAUCCUCACCGUCGUGCUGCCUUGCGUUCUGCUCUUCCCUCGUCUCUCCCCUACCGGUUGCUCGCCAGCGAGUCGCAGUCGAUGGUCUCCCUGACCGCCUUUCGUCGCUCCUUUGCGUUUUUGGUCCUUGGACAUGGUCUUUUCGGCGGCGUGAACGGCGUUCUGCAAUAUAUCGAUGACCAGCUCGGUGACUUCGUGACGGGUGUCGUCCCGGUGUAUACCCCCGCGAGUGACUGGGAUACGGCGGUUUCUGGGUGUUCCGCUUGCGAUCCGUACACGGACCUGCCCUUCAAUGGCACGUACACGGAUUCGCAGAGCGACAGUCCAAAUGAUGCUCCUCGAUUGAUUACCUUCCACUUUGUUGGUACCGCCAUCGAGAUUUUCUUCAUGACUUCAGAUUACAUCGACAAGGAGACGCCCCCGGAGUUUAUCUCGAACACGAACGUUUCCUUCCUUCUCGAUGGAUCCUCCGCCGGCACCUUCACGCAUCAACCCAAUGGAUCUGCUACGGACGAACUCACGUUCAACUACAACGUGUCCGCACUCGCGAAGCAAGGCCUCGACCUCAAGAACCACUCGAUCGUGAUCCAAUCUCUGGGGGAAUCGCACACGUUCUUCGACUUUGCUACCUACGACGACGGCAAAAAGGGUGCCUCAAGCUCAUCCGCGUCGGCGACCUCGACCUCGGCGGAGACGACGACGACGGGAGGGGACGAUGGGUCUCAAACGUCUUCUGUUGCUGCCACCGGAACGACCGGCACUGCAUCCCUUCGCGAGAAAACUCAUUCGGUGGCAGCCGGACCUAUCGCCGGAGGUGUCGCCGGCGCCGUCGCGCUAGCGGCUAUUGCGAUUAUCCUGGUGGUGUGCCUACGCGCGCGAAGACGCAGACGUGCGAACCACGCCGACUUUGUCGCUGCGGGAAAACCGAUCCUGGACGACGACGAGCCGAAACGGUACGAUUUCGCAUACGGCCACGGCCCGUCGUCGGCAUACCCUUCUUUCCCCUUCGCGGGUUCCGCCGCCGUCGCGCGUGGCCGGCCUGACGCGUCGAGGGAGCAGCUUCUAGAUGUGCAGGGUCGGCCAUCGGUCACGAACUCGGGUGGAAGUGGACCAACGUGGGGCGCUCCAUCCUCCCCGGGAACGGCCUCCACCUCGUCUCACGAGCACGUCGCGCCCCAUGCGUAUCCUCCUGGUAACGGAUCGCCGCAACCGUCGGGCAUAGCUCCACCGACUACGGCGACGGCAUCGCAGCCGGCGAGGACCGGUAACGCGGCGAUUCCGCCUGCCAUCGUUCUCUCGCCCCCGGAAGAGCUCGACGAAGGCGCUAACGCGGUCCGGACCAAACACGCCGCCCUCGAAGAGGAGCACGCGCGCAAGAUGCAAGAGCAGGAGGACCGCCUCCUCGCUCGCGCGGGGUCUGGAUCCGGCUCGUCGAGCCAGAGCGCCGCCCAGCCGUCCUCGUCCUCGUCCUCGGGCGAUGCGGCAUGGCGGGAAGAGGUGGAGAGGCUGAGGGCCGAGAUGUCGCGCAUGCAGGCCGUGCAGCAGGCGGUCGUGAUGGAGCUCGGGAGCGCGCCUCCGCCACUAUACUCGGAAGCCGAGGACGGACGACGGUGACCGUUUCCUUCCUCUCAUCUAUUUAUGGAGGAACCCACCUGCAACGAUGUUACCCCACCCAUUGCACUGUAUUGCUGUCGUUUCCUGUUAUUAUCCUCCUCAUUGCCAUGGGAGAUCGAAGCCAGCUAUCGAUUCGUGUGGUCGUACGAGCAAGAGACAAAACCAAGGUUGAGGUGCUUGUCGUCGAUCACCCUUCUCCCUCGAGGGUUGCUCGCUCAGUUUUAGGAGCACUGUAGUAAGCGGCCUCCACGCAGGACCGUUGGCCAGGGUGACGCUUCUCAAAUCGCGGAGAUCCACUGCAAUCUGCGGUCGCAUUGGCUUCGUCGGCAUGUCAGAUCGCCGCGGCUU